AAGAGCUCAAAGCUGCUGCCACCCUGACCAUGAGGACAGGAGAGGGUCUCUCAGAGAGGCUGGGGACACCUCCAGAGACAAGUGUGCAGAGGGCUGCAAGCCUGCUCCAUGCCUGAACUUCCUUCUGGACAGUGCAGGUAGGAUUUCUGGGUCAUCUUUCCCCUGGCUCCGCAGAUUUCCUUUCUGCAGCCUUACUCUUUGCAAGGGAGGGGAGGGAGAGGUCCUGUAGCAGAGCCUGGACUAGAUCCCACCAUCCUGGCAUGAAUCAAUCCCUGCCAAAGGGUCUGAGCCUCCUUCCCACAAGACCCCUGUGCACUGUUGCCCUUCGGGUGUGAAAGGGAACUUCCCAACGUGCCCACUACUAGCCCGAGGUAACCAGGAGCCUGCAUGCACAUGCAGACGCUGCACGCAGCCUUGAGCCAGUCUGGGCAGAUCAGCAGUGGGAGCUGGCUGGACUGCUCAAACCCACUGCCCUUCUCUGCUCUGCUCCUCCAGCUGCUCAGCGCAUCACCGGCAGCAUCGGCAGCAGCUCGAACAUUUCAGGAUUUACAGGUCUGCACACGUCCCCGAGGGCUCACACAGCCCCGUUGUGCGUGAGAGGGUCUGAAGGGGCAUUUUCUCUCUUGCAGCUCAUGGGUCUCUCUUGCAAUGCCACAGCUGACAAGAACUUCUUCAGCAAACCCUCUUCUUUGGCACAACAGCACACCAGAGUGUAACUUUCAUGAGCCAGAUGCUGGUUUUCUUACUGCCCAUCAUUCAGAGAAAACCUUUCACCUCCACGGAAAAUGACAGCCAAACCCUGGCCACAGACUUCAUCUUCCUGGGCUUCUCCAACCUGGCAGAGCUGCAGAAGCUGCUCUUUGUGGUCUUUUUGCUGCUCUACCUGGUCACUCUGAGCACAAACGCCACAAUAAUGACCAUCAUAAGGGUUGAGCCGAGCCUGCACACGCCCAUGGACUUCUUCCUCUCUGUCUUGUCCUUUUCGGAGACGCGCUACACCUUCGUCAUUGUCCCCAAGAUGCUGGUAGACUUGCCAGCAGAGAGGAAGGCCAUUUCCUUCCUGGGCUGUGCUGUGCAGAUGUACUUCUUCCUCUUCUUGGGGUGCUCCCACUCCUUCCUCCUGGCCGCCAUGGGCUACGAUCGCUGCGUGGCCAUCUGCCAACCUCUGCACUACAACAGCAUCAUGACUCGGCGAGUGUGUGCUCAGCUGGUGGUCGCUUCUGCUCUCAGUGGCUGGCUGGUUGCCCAGGCUGUUACCACCUUGAUAUUUUGCUUGCCCUUCCAGGCCUCCAGGAAGCUCAACCAUUUCUUCUGUGACAUCUCCCCGGUCCUCAAAGUGGCCUUCACUCACACCAAUCUCAGCAAGGCCGUUGUCUUCACGCUGGGCAUCUUCGUCCUUGUGAUCCCGUUGAUGUUGAUCCUCAUUUCGUACCUCUUCAUCCUCCGCGCCAUCCUGCAGAUCGCCUCAGCCGCAGGCAGGGGCAAAGCCUUCUCCACCUGCAGCGCUCACCUGACGGUGGUGGUCGUGCACUACGGCUGUGCCUGCUCCAUCUACCUGAGACCCAACACCAGCUACUCAUCAGACCAGGAUGCAUUGAUCUCUGUCGCCUACACCAUUCUCACCCCGCUGCUCAACCCCAUGAUUUACAGCCUCAGGAACAAGGAUGUCAAAGCGGCUCUUCAAAAAGCCCUCAGAAAAGCCAGACUUCCUCAGCAAGUUUUCCAGUGAAGAGGUUAUUCCUCAGUGGCGAUUUUCAGCCAACAUCUUCCACUUCCAGGGAAACAUCACCCCUUUUCCACGCAUCCUCUCUAACUCACAAAGAAGCGUUCCUGAAUGACAUGGCAGCUCAUGGGGGCUGACAAGGACCUGACAUAAAAAUUCUGUAAAUUCAAGUCCGGGUGAAAGUAGAAAGCUCGACCUCAGUGAAGGGUACAUCCCUCCGGAAGGGCUCAACAGCUUUGGAAACCCAAAAUUACCCAUUUCUAUUUCAGGGAUAGGAAAGGUUCUUUGGUGAAUUUGAACCUGACCCAUUUAGUAAAGAAGAAAUGUAGGUGUUGAAAUCACUUCAAGGUAAAAAUUCUUAUUUUUCCAAGAGUUUGCAAGCUCAGGACCAUGCUCCUCUUGUGCCUCAUGAUACCCCUGAGCUCUGGCAAUCGUCCGUCUCUAUGUCACCGUAGCGCCCGUCAGCAGAGCCUGCAAGGCUGGUGCCUCAGGUUGCAUCAGCUUGUCCUUGCCAUAGGCUAGGUGUGUCCAGGCGGCCGUGAACCCCCAACGCAGACCGGAGUCCUGAGACAGCUGGAAAGUUCAGGUCCACUGCUUGCUGAGACUGAGAAGACGAGUCCAAAGGGGCCUACCAGAAGGGCUCCUCGGGAAGAGCAGCUCCAGAAGAACGAACUGAGAGCUCUCCCUGCGAGCGGCCAUCUCCUCCCAAAGCCCGGUGCCUUCUCGAAAAUCAGCGGAGCCAGCUGGGAUUAGCCAGACCAGCAAGGCCAUCUCCUUCGGGAGGCCACCAAGCAGCGUCCAAGCAACGCCCAGCCGACGAGGAUCUCUCCAAGAGAGCUCGCGAGCGCUAAUGAAAGAACGAGGCUGCGUUUUUCCGGAAAAAGUGAAAAGGUAGGAGAGACGGAGAAGAAAAAACAAUAGGUUUUUUUUUCCCUCCCCCACCUCGAUUUCCAGCGGUUUUGGCACUAACGGAGCUACAGCCGUUUGGCCUCCACGGCGUUGCGAUUUGCCCGGCAGAGGACGGGCGAGAGGACGCCGUAAAAUCCGAAGACCUUCCUGGGCAUUUGAAGGGUUUAGGGAGACGGUUUCUAAACCGGACGGUGAAAAUCCGGGUCGGGGCAGAAAAAGGACGGCGGAAAGGAGGAGGAACGGGAGCAAACCGGGCGGCGUGGGCGA